CGCGAUUUGGGGGGAAAAUUUCACCGAACUUCGAACGCAGGCGGACGUGUCGCGGAUGUCGGAAGGUGGAGCUCUUGUGAAUUGUUCUUGUGCCGUGCCCCGCGCACAAAAAGCCAAUAAGAGCCAACAAGAAGGUUUGCGCCCGCUGCCUUUUUGUGAAUAAAACGUGCAUGCAGCGCGGGAGAGCGAGCUGUUAAAUAAUUUUUAAAGUGUUUGUGUUUUUAACGUGUACAACCCACAAAAAUUCUAUGCCUUUUGCAUAACAAAAACAAACGUAGCAAAAAUAAAAUAAAAAAUAAGUGAGGAAAUAGCCAUACACACACACAUAUAUAUAUACAAAACAGUGAAAGAAAGAGACAGAGAGACGGACGCCUACGUCAAUAAGCGAAAAACGGAAGGAUGCUGCUGAUGUCACCGCCGUUGCAGUAGCAACACUAGCCUGCUGAAGGAUACAAAAAGGACACAACAACAACAGCCGACCCACUCUCCACCCCCCCGCACACAAGCCACACACAUGUUGCUGCCAAAACAAAGAUGCUCAGCGCUGCCAAUGCAACUGCAACAGCAACACAUGGAGCAGCAGCAGCCGCGAUUGCCGCAGCCGAGACUUAUGUCAUAACAAACAAACAACAACAGCAGCAACAGCAGCAGCAGCAACAAGUCUUUGUUGUUGCCGCCAACAAAAUGGUGAUACCAGCAACGGGAGCAACAAUCGCCGGUAUACCAACAGCAACAACAACAGCAGCCGCUGAAUCGACAGCAACGCAGCACCAGCAGCAACAUCUGCAACACCAGCAACAUGUGCUGUUCCAGCCGCACCUACAGACAACAACAACAGCAACAGCAGCAACCAGCACACCUCAGCAACAUCAGCAACAGCAACCACCUCAGCCGCGGCAGCAUCCCAAGAAGCGAAAGUUCGAUCCAGCCGAGCUGGACAAGACCGAGCAGCAUCCCCAGCAGCAGCAGCAGCAACUGAGUCUGCAGAAGCAGCAGAAACCCGCCGAUACCAAUGGCAACAGCGAUGCUUUGGCCAAUGGCAAUCAGCUACAUCGCAUGAUCGUGAGUUGCGGUGCAGGCGCCGGCAACAACAGUAGCAACAGCAGCAGCAACAGCAGUAGCAGCGAUAUCAAGCAGCAGCAGCAGCAACGCAAUAUCAUUGCAUCCCCGCUGCAACAUGCGAGCGGUAGUACUUACAAGCAACAUGUUGCCAGCGGCAACAAUAGUCACGCAGCCACAAUCAAUCAUCAACAACGCACACAUACGCCCACAACCGCCGUCUACUACCAACAACAGCAGCAGCAGCAACAACAACGUUUUAGCUUUAACUCAAACAAUCAGCAACAUGUACAGGAACAACACCAGCAGCAGCAGCAACAGCAGCAGCAAUCCCUGCUCGAUCUCAGCGAGUGGAACAACACGCGUGUCCUAGCCAAAAUCCACAAUCACUAUGCUCCAGGGAUUAUACGCCAAGUGCAGGAGGCGUCUCCCGACUCAAUACUCGUGGAAUUCGAUUCCACCGAUUUGGGAUUGCUGCUAUAUCCGGACGUGUUGCACCAGGGCCGCAAUCAUGUGAUACUCGAUGCCAGCCCGCCCAUGGCGGAUAUUACCCUAGAUGCCCGCGUCUGUGUGCGCCAGCGGGUUGAAGGUCGUGGCUCCGGCAGCUUCGUCUACGUGGAGGGCAUCAUCACCGACAUCAACCAGGCCACGAAGCAAUAUAGUGUGCAACUGAUCGGCGAUGAGAUGGCCACCACCAAGGUAGUGCGUCGCGCCGAUCUGCGGCUCCUGCAGCCGCCGUGGUGGGAUGAGCUCAACGAACUGACGCCCUCGGGUGGAGCAAGUGCCUCCGCAUCCAGUGGUAAGCGGAAGGUGUCGGCAGGAGGAGCAGGAGCAGGCGAAGCGAUGGCUGUGCCCAGUGGCAAUAUCGUUUACCCCAAGACGGCCACCGGCGCGCCAUUGACCUUCGUGGCCACCCGCUACGACGGCAAGCUGCCCACGGCACCACCCACGCCCACCCACCAGCAGCCGCAGCAGCACCUGGUGAAACAAGAAGAGUAUUAUCGGACGACGGCCACGUCGCCCUUCCAGACGCGACCCCAAUUCGCCGGCCCUUCCCACGGAGCGGAGCAAGUGGGCCAGGCGGCGCAGUCGCACCCCCAGCAGACCAACGGCCUGCCGGACAUCGUGAUCUCCCCGGGCAGCAAUGGGCAGCACCUCAAGAUGCAGCAGCAACAGCAGCAGCAGUCGUCGCGGAGCUACGACGACUACGACUCGGACGACGAACUCAAGAGGGUCGGCAUCGGGUACUCACCGGCGGCCGGCGACCUGGACACGGAGAAGAUGAGCGCCUGCAGCAAGCGGAGCAGCAUGCAGAGCCGCGGCAGCACGUCCAGUCUCCUCGACCAGAGGCUCACACCACGAUCUCAUCCAGCAACACCAAGUGCCAUCCACAGAUCUCAGGCCACCACGCCGCACCGCUUCAAGAAGGGAGACAUCGUGGAGUCGGAGUCCGGCGUGCGCAAGAAGUACAACGGGAAGCAGUGGCGUCGCCUGUGCAUGCUCUGCGCCAAGGAAUCUCAGCGGCGCGGCUUCUGCUCGCGGCACCUCAACCAGAAAGGCAACAACAGCGCCCUGCCCUCGUCCACGGGUCCAGGUCGCCUGCUCAGUGACAGCCGAUCGAGCAGCAAGACGCAGAUCGAUGAGGACACCUCUCGCGACUCGGAGACGUCGCCCAACUACCGGGUCAAAGGUCGCUACGAUCAGGAGGAGACCGACGCGGCCGUCAUGCUGGUAUCGCUGAGCAGCUCUCGAUCUGCCACGCCCUCGUACACCUCACCUGUGAACCACGCCGGAGCCUCUCCUCUCAAUGCCAUUGCCCAUUCGCCGGUUAAUGUGUCCGCCAGUCACAGGCAGAACUUUUUCACGCCCAUCGCCAACCAGUCGCAGCAGCAGCAGCAGCAACAACAACAGCAACAGCAGCAACCUGUGGCCGUACCGCUCGACUCCAAGUGGAAAACAACACCCAGUCCGGUGCUCUACAAUGCCAACAACAACAGCAGUAGCAACAACAAUAACAACAACAAUGGCUGGGAGGCUAGCAGCAGCAGCAACAAUACUCAUGUUGCAGCUACGGCAGCAACAUCAACAGUUGGCACUCAACCACUGCCGCCGCAAACGACGCCCGUUUCGCUGGUGAUGCAUGCCCCACCGCCGCAGCACCACCAACUGCAGCAGCAGCAGCUGCACCACCACCAACCCCCUCCGCCGCCACCUGCCAGUUUGCCAGCACCAUCGGCACCACCCACCAGCAGCAGCAACAACAACAGCGUGGGCCAUGCCACCAGCGUUAUACGCAUUUCCAGCAGCCAGCAACAGCAGCAGCAACAUCAACAACAGCAGCAGCAGCAGCAACAACAGCAUCAGCAACAUCCGCAUGUGGUGGUGUCCGGCGGCCAGACCUUUCAUCCCGUGAUCGUGGACGCCACUCAGCUGACAGUGCCCCUGCCGCCCACUACGGUUUCAUUUCAUCAGCCCAACACGCCCACCUCAACGGCGGCCACAGUGGCGUCCUUGGGUCAGGAGAAGAUGCUGCCAAAAAACGGCUACAACGCGCAAUGGUUCAAGCUGCUGCCGCAUAUGACGCCCAUGAGCAAGGCGCCGCCAGCUCCGGCCACUCCGACCUUGACCACCUCGGCCAACAGUUACAACGUGGUAAUGAUGCAACAGCAGCAGCAGCAGCAACUUCAGCAGCACCAACAGCAGCAGCUACAACUGCAGCAGCAGCAGCAACAGUCGCCGCCGCAGAUGCCGCUGAACCACAACAACAACCAUCUGAUUGUGCCCGCUCCACUCUGCUCGCCGGGCAAGCCGCUCAACUGCUCCAUGAACGAUGCCAAGGCAGCGGCAGCAGCAGCGGCCGCAGUGGCCAGUCUGAGGCAGCAGCAGCAGGAGGAGCCGGACGAUCAGCUGGACGAUGAUGUAUUCGAGGCCACCACGCCCGGGAUAGGCAGCAAUGGCAAGAAACAGGCCAUGCGCCUGCCCACCCAGAACAGCAACAUUCGCAAGCUGGAGGAGUGCCAUGAUGCGAGCGAUGGAGUGGCCGGUGCACCAACCACAUCGGCUGCCAAGCGGAGGAGUCAAUCCCUGAGCGCCCUGCAGCAACAGCAGCAGCAGCAGCAACAGCAGGCGGGAGCAGCAGGAGCAGCGGCUGGGCAGCCGCCGAACAAGAAGAUCCGGCGACCCAUGAACGCCUUCAUGAUCUUUUCGAAGAAACACCGCAAGAUGGUGCACAAGAAGCAUCCGAAUCAGGACAAUCGUACGGUUAGCAAGAUCCUGGGCGAGUGGUGGUACGCCCUGAAGCCAGAGCAGAAGGCGCAGUACCAUGAAUUGGCCAGCUCCGUGAAGGAUGCGCACUUCAAGCUGCAUCCGGAUUGGAAGUGGUGCUCCAAGAAUCGCCGCAACUCGUCCACUUCGACGGCCACGUCGGGUGGAAAGGCGGGCGGAGCAGCCGGAACGGGUGACGCCAAGCAACGCCUGGUCUCGGUGGAUGGUUCCGAUUCCCUGGAACACGACAUGUGCCCCUCAACGCCAGGUGGCAGCGGCAGCUGUGGUGGUCAGGGCAUAUCCUCUGAUCUGCAGGGCGACAUCAUACCGCUGACGAUCGACAACUAUAAUAGCACCUGCGACGAGGCACCAACUACGAUCUCGAUGAAGGCCAGCGGCAACGGCAAGCUGAUGAAGAACGAGCUGCCCUCCGACGAGGACGAGCAGAUGCUGGUGGUGGAGGAGGAGCAGCCGCAACAGCCCGUCAAGAAGCUCGAUCUACACUGCCGCGAGCGGGUGAAUGACUCGGACAUGGACGACGCACCCUUUGACUACCGCAAGCAGCAGCCAGAGGCGAAUCAGCGUUCGACGGAGGAGCACAGUACCUCCGGUGCCAAUGGCCAGGCCAUGAACGCACCGCCGCUCAGCGGAGGAGAGCGCGAGAUCACACUCAAACCGAAGGCCAUCAAGGCCCAUCCGGUUCUGGAGAGCAACAUGCUGCCAUACACCCAGAUGUCCAUCUACACGCAGUACACUAGUCCCAAGAAUCCAAUCGGUGUAACACCAUUCCAACCCACAGGCGGCGCCUUCAAGUCGAUGCCCAUUAGCCCCAAGGGCAGCGGUGGCAAGCCGGAGGACGCUGCCUCCCUGCAGCCACAUAUCAAGCAGGAGGACAUCAAGCAGGAGCCGCCAUCGCCGUACAAGCUGAACGGGGGCUCGGGAUCAGCCGCCGGAGGGGGCGUGGUCAGUGCUCCGCCGCCCAGCAGCGGCAGCGUCGGUGCCAUCUUCAACUUCAAUGUGCCAACGGCGACGGCUCUGAGUCAGAAGCAGUUCCACUACCCCAUGCACCAUCCCCAUCGCAGUCCCACGGAUCUAAGAGAAGGAGGCGAACUCGGUGGAAGCCACAAGGGCACUGGACGAGCGGCGAUCCUGUACGAUGCCCUGGUCCUUGACACGUUGCACGGUCAGGACGAAGAGGACGAGGAUGAUGAAGGGGGUGGCGAAAGGCAGGAAGAGCCAAAGGUGGCGGGCAAAGAGCAGGUGGCCACAACCCAGCCUGCUACAAUGUUGCUCAUCACCGACGUCAAUGCUUACAACCAGCAACACGUGUCUGGCACGGCAGCAACACCCGUCUCGGGAGCAGCCACCCUUCGACCAGUGUCCUUUAUCAGCAUAAAUGCCUGUAAUAAGAUAACCUUGCCGGCCAAUGCCCGCAUCCUGACGGCGGCAACGGCCACAUCUACGUCAGCCGGAACAACGGUAACCAGUCAGGCAACUGGAGCAACUUUAACCGUGCUGACCAAGGCGACGGCGGCAACAAAUCAUAGUAGUAGUAAUGCCAACGAGCUAACCAUCACAGCAGCCACCUCUGCUGCUCCUGUGGCCACUAGUGGCUCCAGCAUUGUCAUGAUAAACUCAACCACAACUCCCUCCUCAUCCACCAAUUCCACCUCUUGUUCCGCAGCUGCCCACCAGGCGUGUGUGCCAUCGUCGCCGGCGGGCAUGGGAUUGGGCCAUGCGGCCAGCAUUGCCACACCCCCCGCAUCGGCGCCCGCCCAGAUCAUGGGGGGCGGACCAGCGCAGGGCCCGAAGAUGUUCUUCGCCAUGAGCAAUCCGUACCCACUGCUGCAGCGCCACCAACCGGGCACUCCCAGUCUGGAGCACUUGCAGCUGGACGGCUUUCCGCCAGGAAGCUACAUUUUCAAGAACCACAACGGCCUGUCUUCAUUGCCUCCUCCCGUGAGUGCCCAGCCCACGAUGCUGCUGCAUGGAUAUACGCCAAGCCACAGUGCCGAGCCGCCUGCUAGUUCGCCCUCGUACAAAUCGAUGCCCUCCACACCCAAGUCGGCCACAUAUCUCAUGAGUGCGCCACCAGAACGAGGCAUGGAGGGAAUGGGUGGUUGUUCAUCAGCAGCAGCGAGUGGCGGCGAUGAGAGCGACAUGGAUGCCGAUGGUCAGCAGUUUAUCCUGGCUCCCACGCCUGCCCAAUUGGGACGAGCUCCUCUACAGCGGCGCAAGAAUCAAUCCCAAACCAAGUCGGAGAACAAUGUGUCCUUUGGAGCUAAUCUGGGCGCCAGCAAUGGGCAGCACAUAAGCCGCAAGCUGCAUUCGCCCACAAUGAUGGAGGGCUCGUCGCCGAUCAUCGGACAUGUGAACAGCAGCAGCCUCAGCUCAGCCCUGCCCACGCCCACGUCCUCGACAACAACGCCAAACAGCGAUGAGCAACUUCCUCUGACGCCGACCACCAGCAGCAGCAAUAGCAACCUCAAUCAGCAGCCCAAGUCGCCGAUGAAGGCGGCUCCAGGAUCAGCGGCAGCGGCCCUCAAAAAGAAGAACGAUGAGAUGAACAACAGUGUGCUCAAGCAGGUGGACUUUGAGAAGAAGUACAAGGCCCUGCCGCAGUUCCAGCCGGAUGAUUGCCAGUCGCCCAGUGCCAUUGCUGUGCCCUCUUCGCCGCGCGUCUAUGGCACGAACUACCGCAAGAAGAACACGGCUCCGCCACCAGUUCAGAAACUGAUGUGCGAUGACGAUUCCAUUGAUGAACCCGCUUCGGCGCCGCCCACGACCACCCAGCGUUUCUUUGGUCCAGAUUUUACCAACGAGUUAAAGGACGAACGCCUUGCAGAACUGGAGUGCUCUGACCAGACGGGCCGCUCGCCCAGGACGCCAAAGACACCACUGCAGAGCGCUCGGUCGGAUGCCAGCGAGAAGGGGCACCGCAAGGUGCUGGAGACGCGUCGCCACCUGGUCAUGCAGCUGUUUGCCGAGCACGGUAACUUCCCCACUGCCCAGGCCACCAUAGCCUUUCAGACCAAGCACAUCGAUGUCUUUCCGCGCAAGCAAGAUCUGCAGCUGAAGAUACGAGAGGUGCGCCAGAAGCUGCUGGGCCAGGCAUCCUGCACUCCGCACUCGGCGGGUCCCAACACGCCGUCCGACUCCAACUCGUCGUCGACCACAUUGAGUGCCAGUAGCACCGGCUUGAAUGUGCAGGCCACCAGCGCGGCAGAUGUUUUUCAAUAUUAUUGAACGACAGGUGGUCACCAACAACAGCACUCUGAGCAGCAGGCCCAACCCGCCGCCAAAGCCACUGAAUCUGAUGCCAAGUACAAGUGAAGUGGAGAGCACAAGGACAAGGACGAAGAGUUUGGCGGGAACAGGACAACACAACACAACGGAUUGUUUGCUGCAAGUGACAAAAUUACUUAAGGAUAGUAAACGAAUCGACAGCAACAACAAUUGCAGCAGCGCACACUCACAAAAGGAAAAAGGAGAUACAGAAACAGCUCACACUUAGCUACAGCUCAUGCAUGAGAUGCAUGGUUAACUAGUUUUUAUUAAUAACUGCUAAUAGCGAGAGAAGUUACACAGAGAAAAUAGAGAAAAUUACAAAUUUUUAAUUACAAUAGGCAUACAAAAUAGGUACAAGCAAAGUAAUUUGUGAGUAGAGAGGAGAAACUGAUUACGAAUGAAUUUAUUAAGCAGCUUAAUAAAUCAGGAGCAACCAACACAGAGAAAAGGUAGAAAUUUUGAUGAAAAUUUGAACUUUUGAAGCACAUAUGAAGUACAUACAUAGAAAACAUAAACAAAAUACAUAAUGGAAACAUUGUAUAACCCCCGCGUAAAGGCUUAGGUUUUAAUUUACAGGAGAAACUGCAACUAACAAAUUGGAAGAGCUAAGAAAAAACUACGGAAAUAGAGUUAAGCCUUAACUUAAAUUGCACAUUAAUUUUGAAGUGUAUUAAGCACAAGCAAAGAAUUGUAUAAAUCGAACAGUAAGAAACUUGAAAUGAACACUGUAGUUGUAUUGUAUAUUUAGUCAUAAAAUUUUUAACGAGAACAAACCCCCAAAAACACCCACAUUAACACCCAUUCGCACAUCUAAAUGCUUUUAAACUGUUUGCUUUUGUUCUCAAAGUUUAUGCGAAAACAAACCUUUUUAAAUUGUAUGUACAUUUCCUUGAAUUGGCUUUUUACACUGUUGUCUAAUUGAAUUAUAAUUUAUAUAUAUAUAUUUUUUUAUUUUUAUUUUAGUAUAGCCUGUUUUUAAAUUGUACACACACCGAAAAAUAAACUUCAAAAAGAAAAUUAUCGAAAAUUUAUUACAGAAGAAUGAAAGAAAACAAAAAGAGAGAGAAUGAGAGAACUAACUGUCUUCCACUGUUGCUGCAAUAUACUAUUUAAUAUUGUUUACCAUUUCGGUUGAAAUAGAUUUAGUUUUAAAUUAAUGUUUUAAGUAUGUGACUGCAUUUUAUUUACAUGCAAAAUUCUGUUCUUUGUGAAUUGUUGAAUAUUUAAUGUUGUCGCUGAUUUAUGUGUUUAAUUAUGUGGCUUUCUAAUCUUAAGUAUUUUGUCAAAUUUUUCUUCCGCUAAUUUCAGUCACAGUUUUUACGUAUCUUUCAUGUGUUUUCCCCGAAGGAGCAACAGUUGCAAACAAUUCGUAAAAUUAAAAAAAACUUACAGAUAUACACUCAAAAUACACAAAAUAGUAACAAAAAAAAUAUAGUAACCAUAUUCACAUUAUAGUUAUCACUAUCUUUUAAAAUACGCAAUAAUGAAAAUCAUCAAGUAAAAUAUGUGAAUUAAUUGAAUACCGCUUCCAUUUAGUUCCGUUUUUGCUGGACGCUGCAAUUAUAGAAAUUAACCAGAAGAAUACAAUAAAAAAUUAACAAAUUUGUAAAAUUUAAAAUCAACUCACGUAGUCUUUUAUAAUUUUAUUAGUUUCGUGUUUAAUAAUAUUUUAAUUAGUUUCCUUACGAUGAUAAGUUUUAAUUACCUAUUAGUUAUUUGUAUUAAUUAGUGAACAAACGAAAUUUUAUAUGAUAAAAAGCGAAAGAGCGUAAAAUGUAGCGUGUUAAUGUUAAAAAAAAACAAAUAAAAACAAAAAUAAAACCAA